AUGUCUGAAAUUAAAUUACAAAAAAUUAAUGAAGAUAGAAUCACAGUGGAUGAAGAUUAUGGUUCAGUGACAGAAAUUAGUAACGAUAUUAGAGCGUUACGUUCAGUACAGUCAAAGACUGGUGCUGGUGAGGUUAACUAUAUUAAUUCCGCUGGUUUGGCGGACGAUAGUCAAUUAUUGGCUGAAAUCGGUUAUAAACAAGAAUUAAGUAGACAAUUUUCCACCUUACAAGUGUUUGGUAUUGCAUUUUCUAUUAUGGGUCUUUUACCCUCUAUUGCAUCAGUCAUGGCCGGCGGUCUAGCAGGUGGGCCAGUAUCCUUAAUUUGGGGUUGGUUUAUCUCAGGGUUUUUCAUUCUUUUAAUUGGUAUAACAAUGGCAGAAAAUGCUAGUGCUAUUCCAACAGCUGGUGGGUUAUAUUACUGGACUUAUUAUUACGCCCCUGUUGGUUACAAAGAAGUUUUUUCUUUCAUCAUUGGUUGUUCGAACUCUAUUGCAUUGGCAGCUGGUAUCUGUUCUGUCAAUUAUGGUUUAGCUGAAGAGAUCUUGGCAGCUGUCAUUCUUACCAAAGAUGGUAAUUUUGUCCCCACAAAUGGUAAACUUUAUGGUAUUUUCGCUGCAGCUGUUAUCAGUAUGGCAUUCCUAACUUCUAUCGGAUCAAAGGCAAUAGCUAGAAUACAAGCUUUCAGUAUUGCAGCUAAUUUGUUCAUGGUCGUUUUAUUGUUUAUCGCUUUACCAAUUGGCACAAAGAAGAACAUGGGUGGGUUCAAUGACGGUAAGUUCAUUUUUGGUAAAUAUCAAAAUUUCAGUGAUUGGAAUAACGGAUGGCAAUUUUGCCUAGCUGGUUUAAUGCCUGCAAUCUGGACUAUUGGUUCUUUCGACUCCUGUGUCCAUCAAUCAGAAGAAGCUAAGGAUGCAAAGAGAUCUGUUCCAAUAGGUAUCAUUGGUUCCAUCACUGCUUGUUGGAUUCUUGGUUGGAUGGUUCUGAUUUGUUUAAUGGCUUGUGUUAGUCCAGAUCUAGAUAGAAUUAUUAAUAAUCCAUAUGGUUUUGCCCUUGCACAAAUCGUUUAUGACUCGUUAGGAAAGAAAUGGGCAAUUGCAUUCAUGUCAUUAAUUGCGUUUUGCCAAUUCUUGAUGGGUUCCUCUAUUGUUAUUGCUAUUUCUAGACAAGCUUAUGCUUUCGCUCGUGAUGAUGGUUUACCAUUCUCUAGAUUCAUUAAACGUGUUGACCACAGGUAUCAGGUUCCAUAUUUUGCUAUUAUGUUUUCGUGUACUUUAGCUCUAUUAUUAGGAUUAUUGUGUUUGAUUGAUAACACUGCCGCUAAUGCAUUGUUUAGUUUAGCUGUAGCAGGUAAUUAUGUCUCAUGGAGUACACCAACCAUUAUGAGACUAACAUUUGGUAAGGAUUUAUUCAGACCUGGUCCUUUCUACUUAGGUGAUUUCUGGUCCCCAGUAGUGUCCUGGAUAGGUGUCAUAUUCCAGUACUUUAUUAUCCUCGUUGUUAUGUUCCCAACUCAACAACACGGUUUGGCAAAAUCAACUAUGAAUUAUGCUUGUGUUAUUGGACCAGGUAUGUGGAUUCUAUCCUGGAUAUAUUACAUGGUGUACAAGAGGAAGUACUACCAUGGUCCAAAGACCAAUCUAUCAGAUGAACAGUUUAUCGAUACCGUGGGAUCCCAGGUCAUUGAUGAGAUCUUGUCUCCACAUGAGACGAAAGCCAGUCGAUUUACCAAAUCGUAG